CUCCCCCUCCUCUCUGCUUUCCACUGCUAACUGUUCUCUCCCUGUCAGCAUCUGAGCUUCGCUGACACCCCAGAAGUUCUCAGCCUCUUUGCAUCUUAUAUUCUUUUCUUUCUUGCAUUUCUUCUUCCCUUCAUCUGCCUCUCUCCCCCAUCUUCUUCCAGGAUCUCAUGGAAAAAGGCAACAUGGCCAGACCAACAGAAAUGAACCUCAGCCAAGCUGACCCAACAGAUGAACCUCCCCUGUGUUGGGGCCUUGCUAGCAUCAUCUUGGUAUCCUUCCUGGUGGGUGCAGCCAUGAAUGGGCACAUCUUCUGGUUACUUUGUGUGAAGAUGAAGAGGACAGUGAAUACCAUCUGGUUCCUCCACCUCACUCUGUCCUACUUGGUUUCUUGUUCCUGUCUGCCUUUUUUUGUUGUCCAGGAUGUCCUCAAUUUCCGCUGGGUCUUUGGCCCAUUCUUGUGCAGGGCGGUCAACUUCUGCAUCGCUGUAGGUAUGCUCACCCCAGUCUUUUUGCUAACCAUCAUCAGCCUGGACCGCUACUUGAUAACCUGCCAUCCGGUCUGGUCCCGACAGAACCGCACAAAACCCCGAGCAAGGAGAGUGCUUGCAGGAGUAUGGACCCUUUCCGUGGUCAUGUCCAUUCCCUAUCUGGUUUCCUAUGUGAUUCAAGGUGACAAAAAAGAGGUUUGUGUGAAAAAUUUUGCUUUCUUUAUCAUUGAGGAUAAGGACAAAGCAGAGGCUCUGCACUACAAAAUUGAUUUGGCAGUCUUUGUGGUUCGGCUUCUGCUCACCUUCUUGUUCCCCUUCUUCAUUAUUGUGGGCUGCUAUCAUUGGAUGUGUCAGGAAAUAAAGAAGAAAAAACUGGCGAGGAAGGCUGGGAAGCCUUUCCAAGUCCUUGUGGUUUCUGUGGCAUGCUUCUUCAUCUUCAGGCUUCCGUUCUACCUCUAUUAUGCUCUCUCGCUGUUUCAUAAAGACCCGAAAACAGUAGAAGUCCUACGGAUCAUUUUCAGCAUUAGCCUCUGUUUGAAUAUCUGCCUCACCCCAAUUCUCUAUCUCUUCGUUGGGGAGAAAUUCAAGCAGGUUUUCAGGACAUCCACUGUUGUUUUGCUGAAGAAAGGUUUCAUCAUGCCGAUAGAGGAUACAAAUGCUGGCGAAGAGUCCAGCCACCUGAAUGAUGGCAGCAGCAUGCAGAUGAUGCCAGUUCAAUGGAAUAAUCUAGCAUCUCCAUGAAGAAGCUGCCAUAGAGAGAAAAGCAGCCGUUUCUAUGAACAGUUAUACCCCCGCCUCAAUAAUUACAAUAGAUUAGGAGUAGCAGUGAAGUGCCCUCCCUCUAGAUAUUGUUGGGCUGAAGGACUGAAAGGAGCUGGAACUCAGCAACAACAACUUGGAUGCACCAUGUUGGCUGCCGAUAAAAGAUGUGGUUGUCAAUACACACUAUUGCCCAUACAGGCUAAGGCUGAAGGGCACUGCAGAGCAGCGACAUCUUGAGGUUACAGACGUUGACUGUAGAUUAAAGAUGUGGGUGUUGACUCAGAAAACGCCUGUGCUUUGCUUUCCCAUUUAUUCAAUAAAG